GCAGUAAACAGGGCGGCUAUCUGUCCAGUCCCCCUGACUGCCGUGGGCCCUGGCCUCUGCCUCUAGCCCUCUGGCACUGUGCGGUGCCCAGGAGUCCAGUUGGCAUCCAGGGUUUGUUGAAAUGAUCUCAUGGAGAAUAAGGAGGGGGCUGGCACCAGGACUGUCCUUAGCUGUGCCAGGGUGUGGUUGGGGUGAGGGACCCCAGGGCUGACCUCUCUCUUGGUUCUGAAUCCGGACGGAAUCAAUCCUUGGCUGGGGUCAGGUGUUCCACCCUCCCUGGCCCAGGAGACCAAGGGACACUAAAGGAGAUGGAUGGGAUAGGGAAGACGCAGCGCGUGGCCCCAGGCAGCUCAUCGCUCAGCCGCCGCCCCCGCACCGGAGGGGCCAGGGCGGGCGAGCGGGGGUCGCGCCGCAGAUAAAGGCGAGCGGGGCUCAAGGGCGGCCGCGGCAGCAGCAUGAGCGGGACAGACUGGAGCCAGGCGGCGGGCGCGGUGCCCGACUCAGACCCGGGCCUGGCGGCGGUCGCCUCGGCCUACCAGCGCUUUGAGCCCCGCUCCUACCUUCGCAACAACUAUGCGCCGCCGAGGGGGGACCUGAGCUGCCCCGACGGCGUCGGGCCUUGGAAGCUGCGCUGCUUGGCUCAGACCUUCGCCACCGGGGAGGUGUCUGGCCGCAGCCUCAUUGACGUCGGUUCAGGCCCCACUAUAUACCAGCUGCUCAGCGCCUGUGCCCACUUUGAGGACAUCACCAUGACAGAUUUCCUAGAGGUGAACCGCCAGGAGCUGAGGCUCUGGCUGCGAGAAGAGCCUGGGGCUUUCGACUGGAGCGUGUACAGCCAGCACGUCUGUCUCAUCGAGGGCAAGGGGGAAUCCUGGCAGGAGAAGGAGCGCCAGCUGAGAGCCAGGGUGAAGAGGAUCCUGCCCAUCGACGUGCACCAGCCCCAGCCCCUGGGCGCUGGAGGCCUGGCACCCCUGCCUGCCGAUGCCCUGGUCUCUGCCUUCUGCCUGGAGGCUGUGAGUCCGGACCUGGCCAGCUUCCAGCGGGCCCUGGACCACAUCACCACACUGCUGAGGCCUGGGGGGCACCUCCUCCUCAUUGGGGCCCUGGAGGAGUCAUGGUACCUGGCUGGGGAGGCCAGGUUGGCGGUGGUGCCCGUGCGCGAGGAGGAGGUGAGGCAGGCCCUGGUGCGGAGUGGCUAUGAGGUGCGGGAUCUGCUCACCUACACCAUGCCUGCCCACCUUCGGACAGGUGUAGAUGAUGUCAAGGGCAUCUUCUUCACCUGGGCCCAGAAGAAGGUGGGGGUGUGAGGCCCCUGUACACGCAGGGCCAAUGGCCCUCACCCACCCAGAUUCCCCAUUGUCUGCGGUGCCUCUAAUAAAGAAAUAAGUCC